GUGAAAAACCUCUUUCUUUCUGUGGACCAUGGUCUGUAGGUCUCCUGUCUCCUUCCUCUCUCUCUGUCUCCGCUUCCGUCGGGGACGGAGCUAGAGCUAGACAGGCGACACACUUCAAGUUCCAUCUGCUUUCUCGCACCUGCAAAAGUCUUUUUUCUUUGUCUAAGGCGAAGCACAACUUUUUCUCGUCUCCCAUGCCAGUCUGCAAGCGUCCUGAACCAUCGACACACAGAGAAAGAGAGGAAAAACAAGGAAAAACAAGCUUCCCCUCCAGUUCGGCCGCCCUCGAAAACCCCAGCCGGGUGUACCUACACCUCGUGAAUCUGCACACAACUCUUCACCUGUACAGGCACUUACGCGCAUGUCUAUUUGCUUUGGUUCCGGACUUUGCUUCACAACGCUUGCCACCACGCUGGCAGAGAUCCCUGUCGCAUUCGACUCCUUUUUCUUCUCUCCUUGUCUCUGCCGUCUGAAUGCUCAGCUGUCCAUUUCUCUUUCUCGCCCGUUGCCCCGGAGAGAGCAGCGGUGAGCCUCCUCGCUGCUCUCCUCUCAUGGCGAGAAGAGAAGGAAAGCGAGAGGAACAGAGAGAACCGCGCUAAGAAAGGGGAGUCUGUUUUUCUCCUCUUGUUUCAUUUGUGAGGUCGCCGUCUGAGGACGUCGAAGCCGCACACAGACAGGGAAACAGACAGCCUCUCUGCCGCUUACUGUUGAACUUAUUCCCCGUUUUUUAAAAAUUGUACGCAAUGAUUCUUGUGCUCCAAUCGCUGACGGCAAUGCGCCCGAUCGUCAGAGAGUGAAGAGAACUCGGCGACUUCUUCUCUUCUUGUUUUUUCGCCUUCGCCUCGCGCUCUUCUCCUCCGCUUCCUCCUUUUCUCCACUUGUGUUGCCUCUUUCUUCUCCUCUUCUUACGUCUCCGUCUGUUCCUCUCACUUCUUCUUGUGCGGCUUUCGCCAUGGCGCCUUUUCCGCGAGGAAUCGUGAAGCCUCGUAGCGCCAAAGUGAGGGCGAUUCUGAACCUUUCCGUGGAGCAGCGACAACCGAAUCCGCUCCGCGCGCCUCGGAAGAGCCUCCUCGAUCCGCCUCCCUGCGUUGCGCCGCUGGAGAAGGGGAAUCCAAAACUGGACAGACAGUUCGACACCCUCAACCGGAGUAUCACAGGUUUUCGAAAAUACAAGGCCCCCCACACCACCGCCCCACGUGUGGUUCGAGACCGAGACGAAACGAACUUCCAUGAGAUGCUCGGCAAAUUUCGCUUCGACCUCCAAGGCUCUUUCAAAGAGAACGGCGACAUGCUGCGAGACAGUCUCCUCCAAGUUGGCCGCGACCUCUUUCUCGUCGGCUGGGUGAAGUGUAGAAGUCGAUUUGCCACUGGACAUAUUCAAGGAGAUGUGCAUGCCCUCUCGUACAUGCGCCGCUACCUCGAGAAGCAUGUCGACGAAAGCGUAUCGUCGGUUCGCUUUUACGAGGAGAAUUUCGGGAUGCCGCUUCUCGAAUACGAACGACUGAGCGCCGUCAAUGACUUCCGCGCCCCAGGAAAAAAACAGCAACAUGCUCUCAGGGCUGCAGAGAAGAACAAGGCAAAAAAACUCGAACAAGAGAGUCUUCGUCACGCGCAGGAGUUGGAGCGCUUCUACGAGGAAAAUUGCAUCCGAAAUUACUAAAUGAAGAAACGAAAAAAGGCGCCAAGAAAUAUCUACAGACGCACCUCUAUACUUAUAUAUCUACCUUGUAUGGAAACAAUGCUGCUCAUCGAUCCGAAUAUAAGACUUUUAUCUGAAACAUGUGUGUGCACAUAUAUAUAUAUAUAUAUAUAUAUAUAUAUAUAUAUAUAUAUAAAUUAUAUAUGUAUUUGCUCAUACGCUGUCAGCUGUUUUUUCUGUUAAAAAAUAACUCUGUUUCGGACCCUCUUCCGUUACCGUCGCCUUUGCUUCUCUCCUUUGUAACCUGCCUUUUCGAAGCUGACGCGGGUGUGUUCGUCUUUCUCGUCCUCUCCCUGCCUCCCUUGUGUGCCGUCCUUCUCUCUUUUUAAGGUUUCUGGUCGUUUUUCCAUCUCGCUUUCUUCUCGUUUCAACAAAUACGGAUACCUCGCGAAACCGUCAGACAGCUCAAAUGUCCAACGUCGUCAAACCGCUCUUCUCUGUAUGUUUCGGCCCACCUC